AUGUGCCGUGUACAUGGGGACUUGGAGAUAGAGCUGCUGUUCCGCCAGCCGGUCACCGAGGAGGUCAUUCCAUGCCUCAAUGGCUGGAAGAGGGAUCCUAAGGAGUACCCGGCACACUUCGAGAUCUACAACGUCCAGCAAGCUAAGUUCAUUCCCCUCGGGUCCGUCAACGAACCCAUUCACAUCCCCCUACCCCUUCGGCACAUCAUCCUCGUUAAAUACAAGAGUAUCUAUGACACCGUGUGGCCCCUCUACUGGGCUAAAGGGAUCCACCCUUCUGGCGCUCUGGGCGGAAUCCUCGCCAACAUGUACCUCCGCCUGUCCAUCUGGCCGGUGGGCUUCGCUUUCCCUAGGACCCGCAUCAAAGUGUUGUCCAUGGUCCGGGUUGAAGGCAACCACCGGCCUCACGUCUUCACGCCAGCAGAGGGCGAUCCGGACUGUACCGUGGAGAGGAUGAACACUGGAGAAGAUGAGUAUUGUUUUUUGAACGAUGUCCUAGUGUACAACUACGAGAAUGCAAAAAGAAUACAUGUCUUAGCGCUGUGCGUCUCCAGAGAGCCGCUGUACACUGUCAAGCGUCUUCUUGUUCCCUUCUCUACUUCAACCGUUGCUCAAUGUCUUCACCGCUUCACUCUGAACUGUGCUUUCUCUUCUCCAUGUUCGUACCAAGCUUCCGGCAGAUAUGCAAGGCGACAAGGACAUGUCCGUGGCACAGUCAUCAAUCACAUUACGGUGGUUCUGGUGUCUACGGAAGGGAAGUAUCUAGGGACAUUAUGGGACUUUCCACGUCCCAAUGAGUUGAAGGCUGCCCGUCCUUACCUUGCUGUGUUAGAACCUUCCGACCGCGAGGACCGCCUGAUCUAUGUUGGGAGCAUUGAAUCGUGGAACCGGAGCGUUGGAUAUCCAGUGUGUCUGCAGGGAGAGGUGAGAAAGGGAGUGGUAGAGGCUUGCAUUUACUACGAGGACCGCCAUUCACCUAUGACCCUACCACUCAUGUGUAGGAUAUAUGACGAGGAACUUGAGCUCCUGUUUCACCAGCCGAUUACCGAGCAGGCAUUCCCUGUGCUCAACCCUUGGAAGCAUCAUCCGGUGCAGCCCAAGUUCGAGGUCUUUGACGUGGAGCGUGAGGCUUUCGUUCCGUUCUCCCUGUGGGAACCACUCCGUCUUCCUCUCCCCCUGCGCCGCAUCCCAGUGUUCAAGUACGCCAGCGUCACCAACAUACAUUGCCCGCAAGACAUUGCCCUAGAUGUUGGUGAUCUCGGCCCUAUUUCCAGCAUGAAGAAUGUUGUGAAGAGCCGCGGGUACCCGUUUCCGGACGUCUUGGAGGGCCCCUUGCAGGGCCAGAAGGUAUAUGGUGAGGAGACCAUGGAAAGUGGAGAACUAGCGGUGGAGGAGAUGCCCAAUGGUGGCGAGAAUGGCACUGAGGAGCGGGACGAGGUGCAGAUCUGGGAGGUAACCUCCACCGGCAAAGAAAUUCCGUACGUUCCUGACAGUGCUGGGGGGUACACUCGUGGGGCUUGA